GAACAACAAAUUUGUGUAGAGUUUGUCAGUGGUUUACGAUAAUUGUUUUGAUUUCUGUAGCAUUAUGAACGUGCCGAAGAUGCUUCCAAGGCUGUGGAAAAAUUGGACGACACUGAAUUUAUGGGUGUUCACAUCCAAGUACAGGUAUAUAAAUAGCCCAAUAUAUCAAUCGCAGAAUUCUGACUUUUUAAUACCACAUUUAAUCCAGCAGUUAAUUUUGCUCUGCUACCAUAUUUAUCAUGUAUAGCAUGCCAAAAGCAAAGGAAAACCCAAUGCUGGUGAUAACGAAUGCUUCGAAUGUGGACGAGAAGGCCAUUGGUAAGAUAAAAUCAAUUCAACGGGUAUUUCCAGGAAAUGUCCACACCCCCAACAUGGUGAAAAUUGUCAGCGACUAGCCUACCCCUGUUCAGACAUCCUAGCAUAUUUUAUUAUUAUUGGAAGUAGAUUCCUUUCCAUCCAUGUAGCAGAAAUCUGAUUUAGAUUUUUGUAAUUAAAUAGGGCAAGAGAUUGUCCUCGGAGAAGGAGAUAUGACAGGUAAUAUAUGUGAACUUAGGAUGUUUGUCAGUAUUUACUAUGGCUAAAAUUGCUUCAAAAUUUGCUAUCAAUGCCAUUUUUCAGUUAGUGUUUCCACAAUGCAAUUUCCUUCAAAUUUCUAUUUUUGUAAUUUGUGAUUUUUUGUGAAAGCUACAGACGUCCUCCCCCUCCAAGAAGCAGCUACAGGGAACCGUAUCGAGGUAUCGACAGUUAUCGUCCAGACAGUUACCGUGGACCAGACCGUGGUUACAGAGACAGUUACUAUAGCGACAGUUACUAUGGAAGUCGUUACUCAGCUCCCCCUCGUUACAGUCCGUACAGUCCAUACGGGGGCUAUGGUGGACGAAGUAUGAGAAGUCGAUCACCUCCACCCAGGUAUGUAAUGCUACUGAAUAGACCUUUCCCCUUUUGAGUGAAAUUUUGAUGUAGACAAGCCUUUCAAAAAUUUCAUCACAGCUCGAAAGAGCAUCACAAAAUUAGUAAUAUUCCGAAGUUUUGUUGCGAAAUGUUGCAAAAUGCGGAUAAUAUAGCCUUGCAAAGUUUGCCGUUUUUCAGUCAUUCUGUAUUACAAAUGGGAAAUUGAUAAUCAGUUUGAUCAUCUGAUUAUCAAUUUCCUAUUUGUAAUAGAAAAUGACUGAAAAACAGCAAACUUUGCAAGGCUAUAUUAUCCACAUUUUACAACAUUUCGCAACGAAACUUCAGAAUAUUACUAAUUUUGUGAUGCUCUUUCGAGCUGUGAUGAAAUUUUUGUCCAGACUUGUCUAGAUCAAAAUUUCACUGAAAAGGGGAAAGGUCUAUUGGGUGAUUUCCUUAGAGGAAGUCUUGGUUUGGUAAUAGGAUUGCCAAGAUUAGGAAUAGUUCAAGAGUAGGAACAGCAUCCUAAGCAGUUCUCAGCACCCAAGUAUCGCAGCAUGUAAUAAGAAUAUUCUGUUUUGUUUGCAGGUCUUACCACAGUUCUUAUGCAUAUGCACCUAGACGGUAAGCACUUGUUUUGUGGUUGAUCAUUCAAUUGUGGAUCACUGGCAAAAUAAAGCUUUCAAACACUGUGUACAAAUAUAAUUUUCUAAGUUUAGUGUUUUACAUGAAUUAGUUUUAAGAGUUUUUAAUUCAAGAAAUAGAAAUGUAAUCAACAUCGUGCUUUUUGUUUGUCUCAUUUUAUUUGCUGCUGCACACACACUGUGAAAACCAGAUUAACGCUAGGAAAACUAGAAAAAUUGUGGAAACAAUGUUUCCGGUAUGUCCAUCUUAAGAAACAUGUCUAGUUUGCACACUUUCAGGAAACAUGACUACAAAACGAUUCUGUCACAUGUGUUUCAGCAACAAUGUUCCCUGUAUAAAGGCUGACCAUCAAAGUUUCUGUGAUCACAGUAGGAAUUUUGCAAAGGUAAAUUCUAAGUUUUGAAGGAUUUAUAAGAAAUGUUUGAGGAAAUGACUUAGUGUUAAACACCAAAUCAGUUCCCUCAAACAUUUCUUACAAAUCCUUCAAAACUUAGAAUUUACCUUUGCAAAAUUCCUACUGUGAUCACAGAAACUUUGAUAGGGUCAACCAUCCAUAACAAUAUAUGGUACAAUCAAAUAACGUAAUAUAUUACAAAUAACAUGGACCUCCUUAAAAUAAUUUACAUACAUUACUGAUGACAAAUAAACACAUUUGAUAAACAUGGAGUUGAUCAUAGAAAGUCUCGGGAAUACUACUAAUGUGUCAUCGGUGGUAAAGUUUUGCCAGUAGCGGACAAAGUCACAUUCUCAAGAGCUCAUUGUGGAAAAAUUCGGAAGACCGAAGCCGAAGUACAAAAGGCAGCUCGUUGUUCCUCAUACGCGAUUGGUUAAGGUAACGAAUGGUGUUCUCGAAAGGGUUUGCCGUAUAUUUAUCAUAUUGUUGAAUAUAUAUAAAAUACUCGGUUGAAUCGUUAUGUAUAAGUUUUAUGUAGCUCUGUUCCGUAGCUCGAGCGAAAGGCGGUGGUGAUGAUCUUGAAGAACCACACUCGAAGAACUACAAUCUACACUCGAAGAACCAUGAGUCCAUGACCGUGCUGAAAGUCAUGGUGUGUUGUCCUCGUCGGAAGUUGAUCUUUAGUAAUCGAUAUCUGUGUGUCUCGGAGGAUAUUAGCGUGAGUACCAUCGGGGCGGAAGAUCGGAAAGUUGUCGCAACUGUACAACAUAAAAACAACCCGUACACGUAGACACAUUCACAACGUUUUCGCACACAUUUCUUAAUUUGAACAUGUCUCUGUACAAAGUCAUUUUAAGAGUGACCGCUCUUUCUGAUGUGGACAUAAAACGAUGCUAGCAUGCUCAUAAGACUUUCAUCAUUUUCACUUCAUAAAAUGCAUUGUUUUCAUUUAUAUAUUUCUCUUUUUUAUAGUUAACGAAACGACUGGCAAGGUUAUGCGCACUGUUCUCAGAUAAAUAUGAGAAUAACCUAAGCCAGUGGAAUGGUUUACAUUGGUGAGUAUUUCUUGAAAAACCUUUGUAUACAUUUGAAAGUGAAAAGUGUGGAUUGAUAGGAUGAAGGGCCUUCGCUCAGGUAGUUGAAUCCCUCGCAGCUUUCUGGUAUUUUGUGACUACCUACCCUGGCACGGACCAUUUGAAAGUGAAGACUGAAGUUGACACGAUUGUUUUCAUUACAUUGAUAGGUUUGGAAGAAUACCUCUGAACCUUUUGUUGUCCUGGACUCGUUGGAUAACUCUGCAAAUGUCCAAGCAAAAGCUGCCGCUCCACAUUCGCAACAGUUCGAGUACGGACGCAAUAAUAUGAACUUUUUAACAUUAUGUAUUGAUAUUAUUUAUUAAUUUUAUUGAUGUAAACAAUUAUUUUUAUAUAAAAGAUUUUUAUUA